UCCCCUUUUGCUAAGCGCCCAGGUUUUGCGGUCAAAUUAAAUUCCGGGAGUGCGGAAGUGGCUCUGUGGCGCCGCCUCUAAACGCCCAGAAGUCAACCCCCUUUCUACACGGAACGCUAGGCCUCUGACCGCCAUGGAUGGGCAGCAAGGGCAACAAAGCCACGCAACGUUCUCGCUCGCCCAAGCUCACUUCAAGAAGGGCGAAUACGCGGAAGCCGAAGCCCUGUACUCCGCUUACAUUCGCCAGUGCGCCUGUGCAGGCUCCGUGGGAGCGGCGCCCGGGAGCAAAUACAGCCCUGAGGAUUUGGCUACUGCAUAUAACAACCGGGGGCAAAUCAAGUACUGCAGGGUUGAUUUUUAUGAAGCCCUGGAUGACUACACAGCUGCCACACAAGUCCGACCCACUUUUGAAGUUCCCUAUUACAACAGAGGGUUGAUACUGUAUAGGCUGGGAUACUUUGAUGAUGCUUUGGAAGAUUUCAAGAAGGUAUUAGACUUAAAUCCUGGAUUUCAAGAUGCUACUUUGAGCUUAAAACAGACUAUUCUAGACAAAGAAGAAAAACAAAGAAGAAAUUAUUGAAAAAAAAUUAUUGCAAGUUUUAACCUAAUUAAAAUAUUGACUCAUAA